GAACAAUCCACCUGUCUCUCUCUCUCUCCGUCUCUCUCAAUUCUUGCAUUAACGAGUGAAAAGAAAUGGAGAGCGAACGUUUGUCCUUGAAAAUUCAGCCUCCGAAGUACGGAAAACUCAUCACGAUCCUUAGUAUUGAUGGCGGAGGAGUCCGAGGAAUCAUUCCAGGAGUCAUUCUCGAUUACCUCGAAGCCCAACUUCAGGAGCUGGAUGGCGAAGGCGCGAGGCUUGCAGAUUAUUUCGAUGUAAUAGCGGGAACAAGCACUGGAGGUCUCAUCACGGCCAUGUUGUCGGCGCCUGACGCGGACAACCGUCCUCUCUUUGCCGCGAAAGACAUAGUCCCAUUUUACUUAGAGAAUUGUCCUAAGAUCUUCCCUCAAGGAUGUGGGUGCCUGGGUUCGGUCGUGAGCACGCUCAGAUCUCUGGCGGGACCAAAGUACAACGGAGUGUAUCUUCACAAAUUAAUAAGGAAGUUACUUGGAACCACGAGGCUGCACGCUAGCCUUACCGGCUUGGUUAUCCCCACCUUCGAUAUCAAAAAGCUCGAACCAGUUUUAUUUUCUUCAUAUGAGGUGUCGAAACAUUCAUUCUUGGACGCUCAACUAUCGGACAUAUGCAUUGGCACAUCGGCCGCUCCGACUUACUUCCCCGCACAUUAUUUCACGACGGAAGAGACCCAUGAAUUUAAUCUCAUCGACGGUGGUAUGGUCGCUAACAAUCCGACAUUGGUCGCCGUCAGUGAAGUGACCAAGCAGAUCUUGAGGGAAGAAGCACAUUUCAUCGACAUCAAACCGCCCGUCGACUACACUCGAUUAUUGGUGAUCUCGCUCGGGACUGGCUCGGACACGUCGGAGCUCAUGUUCAAUGCCAAGAAGGCCUCGAAGUGGGGGUUGUUCUGCUGGUUGUACCAGGACGGCACGAGCCCUUUGAUAGACAUCUACUCUCAAGGGAGUUCCGAUCUUGUCGAUUACCACAAUUCCGUGGUCUUCAAGGCCUACCAGUCCGAGAAGAAUUACCUCCGUAUUAAUGAUGACAGUCUAAAGGGGACUUUAUCUUCGGUGGACACAUCCACGAAGGAGAACUUGGAAGGUCUGGUGAAAGUUGGCGAGCACUUGUUGAAGAAGCCGGUCUCGCGAUUUGAUCUCGACACUGGCCGCUACGAAUCCAUUCCGAAUGCCGGCACCAACGAGGAAGCCCUCAAAAGGUAA